AUGGCGUCCGCUUUUCUGGGACAAACGAAGAAAAACAGAAUAUAUAACUGGGCCAAAUUUUAUUCCCUUAAACCACACUCUCUCCCCUUCCCAUCCCACCAAACAACCAUUCGCAAAUCCACCACCACCAUGUUUUACAUUUCAGAUAACGUCAGCGUUGUCGAUGGAUUUGUCGUGUUAACUAUUGAAAAGGAGGGUGCUUCUGUCCGCAAGGUUGUCAAGAAGUUCCACCCCAAGAGCAAGCUGUUCCUGCUGGAGGAGCGCACCAAGCUGGCCAACUACGCCCUGGUGGACCUGGACGAGUACCACACCGCCUUCCCCGGCUCCGACCUUGUCCCCGUCCCCAGCUCCCAGCUCUUCUCCGUCUGCACCACCUCCAAGAGGCUCUUCUACACCACCCCAGACGGCUUCCGCAUCGUCAACAGCAAGACCCCAGACAGACACAGACGCUGCUCCCAGGAGUACACCGUCAUCCCCGUGGUCUACAAGGACAAGCCCACCAAGUACCUCUAUCUCAGGGACGAGACCCACUCCACGCAGUACCUGCUCGCCGACGUCACAGUCGACAGGGACAUUGUGCACUCCAAGGACUCGUCCUUCUUCGAACAGGAGAUGAAUGUGGGUGAGAUCGUGUUCACCGAGAACGAUCUGUCCGUCUUGGCCGGCUUCCAGCAGUACAAGGCCCAGUUUGCAGAGGACAUCUACUCCUACUUCUCCACCAUCUACUCCGAGGUCAGGUCCAGGUACCACCGCCGUCCGUACCUGUCCUCGUUCCACCGUCCAGGCUACGGGGAGACCUUCCCCAAGGACCUGCAGAUCCCCACCAUCCCAGAAGUACAGCUCCAUGGGGUCUGCCUUUCUGUUUCUGGCGGAGGUGUUCCCACAACUCUCCUUUGCCGAGGACUUUACCUGCGAACAUGA